GUAGGAAGGUUCCUUGUAUUUGCAUUCAUUAUAUUGUGUGUUUUCCCUCCUCUCCCCUCCUUAUAUAUUUCGGCCAUUUGGCCCUUGUAAGGAACAUCUCUGAAUUAUUGAAAACCUUUUACUCUUUGAGUAUUCAUAAAAUAGUGUGAUGCUAUUUUAGCCAAAUUCCUAAUUCUAUAUCUUAAGAGUGGUCAUCUUAAGUGGAUUUGGUCUUUGAUUUUCAUGGCUGGUGGCUUGUCCUUUAGUGAGGAAAAUCACAAGGAAAUAAGUGAUGAUUCUUGGGAAAUAAUGGGGGACAAAGGGGAUGGGUGAUGGUUGGUUUUAUUGGACUUAUAUUGGGUCAUUCAUGGAAGGUAUGUGGGGACUGAUUUGGUGGGUGGAGUGUCAAUAAACUCACAAAAGUCUUUUGUCCUUUUGUUAUUGUUUAUUCAGCCUAGGUGGGAGACACAAGGGGGACAAUGGUUGGUCAAUGUUGGGGAAUAAAAGAGGGGUUGUUUUUGGUCAUUAAAAGGGGACAGGGCUGGGUAUUAUUUAUGGGUAUUUUGGAGUUAUGGCUUUGGGUUACUGUGAGGGAAAACAUGGGCAGGAAGUAGGGGCUGGAGGUGGGUCAUGGUUUUGGCUCUUUGUGGGUGUUGUGUUGGGAUUGUGAGGUUUAUUUGGGCAGGGAAUGAAAGGAAGGAAGAGAGGGUUUUACUGGUUUAUUAAAAGGCUUAAAAGAAGGAAAAUAACAACAAACGAAAAGGAAAGAAUUUCGUUGUUUAAGGCCAGUUAUUAUUGCUUACAAAAUCUGCUACAAAAUCUGCUGUCAAUUGCAUUUCCGUCUGGUCGGCCUUUCUACACUCGUUUUCCGAUGGCGUCGACUGUGGCCGACAGAAUCGAACUGGCGAAGCUGUGCAGCGCUAAGGAUUGGUCAAAGGCAAUUCGAGUUCUCGAUUCUCUUCUUUCCAGUAGCCACCGCAUCCAAGACAUCUGCAAUAGAGCCUUUUGCUAUAGUCAACUGGAGCUUCACAAGCAUGUUAUCAAGGAUUGUGAUAAGGCCAUUCAGCUGGAUUCUUCCGUACUACAACCUUACACGCUCAAAGGCCGUGCUUUAUCUGCGAUGGGUAAGAGAGUGGAGGCUAUAUUGGUUUGGGAGCAAGGAUAUGAACGUGCUGUUCAACAGUGUGCUGACUUGAAACAGCUAUUGGAGAUAGAAGAGCUUUUGACUAUUGCUAAAAGAAGUAAUUCCAUUUUAGGCGAUGAUGGUUUCACACAGCUGUCUGGAUCUGGCUCUGGGAUUCUCCUUUCUAACAAUAUUGUUGAUUCUUGUAAGAACCAUAGGUUAACUGAUCAUCUGGAACCAUUCCGAAAGGAAAUGGAGACAUAUACAACAUUGAAAGAUAGUAGCAAUGACUGUUUUCAAUCAAAUAAGAGUCAUAAUAAGGCAAGAGAAUAUAGCACGUCCAAUAUCCUACCAAAUGGAGAUCUCCACAAAAAAGAAAAUGGAACCUGUGAUAUUCAUGUCAAAUUGGGUUCUCAUUCUGCAGUAUGUGGCGACUUAAAUCAUACAUGUGAAGAAUGCAGUGGAUCAUCAUUAGAAACUAAUGAAUCAAGUGACUCAUCAGAGGCUAUUGAACUAUCAGAGAUUUUGCGCCAUUUGAAUAAUAAAUGUGGCGUUCGUAUUAAAAUAGGUGAUGACAAUAAGAGAGGUAGAAAAUCCUGUGUCAGCAAGACUUUGAAGACAAAAUCAGUAACUUUGGAUUUACGAUUAUCAAGUGCGAUAGCUCAGGUUAAUGAAGGAAGAUUUGCAGAUGCUAUAUCCAUCUUUGAUCAGAUUCUGGAAGAGCAUCCAACAUACCCUGAGGCAUUAAUAGGAAGGGGCACAGCAUAUGCAUUUAAGAGAGAACUUGAUGCAGCUAUUUCUGAUUUUACAAUGGCCAUAGACUCAAAUCCAUCGGCCGCUGAAGCAUGGAAACGCAGAGGACAGGCCCGUGCUGCACUUGGGGAAUCUGCUGAGGCAGUUGCAGAUUUGACUAAAGCUUUGGAACUCGAGCCAAACUCAGCUGAUAUAUUACAUGAAAAGGGAAUGGUGUACUUUAAGUUCAAAGAUUUCAAAGCUGCUGUUGAAGACCUUUCCUCCUGUGUAAAGCUUGAUAAGGGUAACAAAUCUGCACACACUUAUUUGGGCUUAGCAUUAGCUUCAAUUGGUGAAUAUAAAAAGGCGGAGGACGCACACAUGGAGGCAAUUCACAUAGACCCUAACUUUUUGGAGGCUUGGGUUCAUUUAGCUCAGCUUUAUCAAGAUUUGGCGAAUGCCGCGAAGGCUUUGGAAUGCCUUCAUCGACUUCUGCAAAUUAAUGGGGGGUUUUCUAAAGGAUAUCAUAUGCGUGGGCUGCUUCUCCAUGACAUCGGAGACCACAGGCAGGCUAUUGAGGAUCUAUCUCUGGGGCUAACUCUUGAUAGUGUAAAUGUUGAGUUCUUGUAUUUGCGAGGUUCUUGCUAUCAUGCCAUUGGGGAAUAUAAAGAUGCAGUGAAAGAUUAUGAUGCUGCUUUAGAUCAGGAAUUAGAUUCAAGGGAAAAAUUUGUACUUCAGUGCCUGGCCUUCUAUCAGAAAGAAAUUGCACUGUAUACAGUUUCAAAGCUCGACAGUGAGUUUUGUUGGUUUGAUAUUGAUGGAGAUAUUGAUCCCCUAUUUAAGGAAUACUGGUGCAAAAGAUUCCACCCGAAAGUUGUGUGCGAAAAAGUUUAUAGGCAACCAUCCCUAAGGAAUUCCUUGAAGAAGGGGAAACUAAAAACACUACAUGUUUCCCCUACAAAGCAAACACAUGCACUUCUGCAGGCAGCAGAUUCCAUUGGUAGGAGGAUACAAUAUCAUUGUCCGGGCUUCUUGUCCAAUAGGCGUCAGCAUCGCAUGGCUGGCUUGGCUGCAAUUGAGAUUGCACAAAAAAUAUCAAGAGUUUGGCGUGCUAUGCAUGUAGAAUUAAAACAUUUGAGUAAAGGAGCAUCUAAAAGUGGCAAGAGGUCCCAGAGAAAGGGAAGGAUAUUUCAUCUUAGUCGAAACAGAGGUGGUGCUGGUUGUAGCACUAGCAGUUUCUCAGAAACAUCUACUUCAUAUGGAUCAGUAGAUGACAGACCAGCUGGACGGCAUGUGAUGUCGUGGCAUGAUUUGUAUUCUUUAGCUGUUAAAUGGAGACAAAUAUCUGAACCUUGUGAUCCAGUUGUUUGGAUAAACAAGUUAAGUGAGAAAUUCAAUUCUGGAUUUGGGUCUCACACUCCCCUCAUUCUCGGGCAAGCUAAGGUGGUCCGUUACUAUCCACAUUUUGAGAGAACACUGAAUGCUGCCAAAGCAGUAAUUGAGGAGAAUAAGUAUGUAUUUGACAAGAAUAGCAACAUUCUUGAUCUUUCUGAGCAUAGGAAGUUAGAGGAGAUUAGGAGUGCUGAAUCAUGCCAUGAUCUUUACAGAGCUAUUGGUGAGGACUUCUGGUUGGCCACCAGGUGCUACAGCAUGGCCUUUGAGGGACACCUUGAAGGGACAAGAAUCGCACUAGUAAAAUCGGGUAAAAUUGGAUAUGAUUUCUCAAUAAGUACGCCAUGCACACCUGCGAGGUGGGAUGCAUUUGACAUGGAAAUGACAUCAGCAUGGGAGGCACUCUGUGACGCUUACACUGGGGAGGCAUAUGGCUCAAGUGACUUUGAUGUGCUAGAAAAUGUCAGAGAUGCAAUACUGAGAAUUACAUUCUACUGGUAUAAUUUCAUGCCACUUUCAAGAGGAUCUGCAGUGGUUGGGUUUGUGGUCCUGCUCGGGCUUCUCCUCGCAGCCAACAUGGAGUUCACCGGGAGCAUCCCGGAAGGCGUCCAAUUAGACUGGGAAGCCAUCCUGGAGCCCGACCCGGUUGCAUUUGUAACCUCUGUGAAGAGAUGGCUGUACUCAUCCCUCAAGGUGACCACAUCCUGGAAAGGCUAUGCUGACGUGUCUUCGAACUUUGAGACGACCGGAUCCGUGGUUGCUGCUCUCAGCUCCUUUUCAGACAUGGCUCAGUAAUAGCUUUGAGCCCUUUUCUUAUCUUUUUUAAAUCGGUCAAAGCAUACGAACACACACAUAAUAGAGUGGUAGUUGGGGGUGGGGUCAAAUGUCUCGUGAGGCUAACACUUUGUUUUCUUCCACUUAUUACUUAUUCUUAUUAGAGUUCAGUUCAAAUAACAAAAAACUUUAAAUAUAAUUACAAUUGUAUUAGAGUCAAUCAGAUCACAUGAAAACAAGCUCUUAGGGG